UGUCAUUAAACUUAUUAAAAAAUUUAAUGUCACUUUAAAAACUUUAAAUAUAUAAUUAAAAAUAUUAACAAAAUUCCAAAACAAUGUCCGAUAAAGAAACCGAAAGAUUAGACAAUGAAUUUAAUGAAUUAUUGAAAAAGCUUGAAGGUUUUAUGUUUAUAUAUAAUUAUCGUGAGAAAUACCUUAUAACGGAAUGGUUAACAAAAUUGAAAAAUUCAAAAACAUCAUUAGAAGAAAGAAAAUUACGAAAUCGUUUUCUUAAACAUUUUGUUAAUAAUCAAGAAUCUGGUGUGAAUAUUUUUCGUUUAGAACCAUUUAAUAAAAUUCCUAAAGAUUUUAGUGGACCAUUAAAAGAUUUUAAAAAGUUGUUGCCUAAAGAUCCUGACGAAGCCUUAAAUCCUUCAGAAGAUGAAAAACGUUCAUAUAUGGCGGAUUUAUUUGAUAAAUUACCAGAUAAAGGUGCAUUUUUAGCUCAACAGCCUGUACCACGUUGUGGUACGUUUUUUAUAUUGAUUGUAAGGGCGGAGGAUGAAACACCAAGUUGCCCGAAAAUUGAAUAAAGUGUGAAUAGCAAAUUGCAUGAGUUGAAAUAAAAAUUUUGAAAUUGUUUUAUUUCAAAUGCAGACAUAUU